UUCAUCAGCUCCUUUUACUGACUUCAGUAUACCGGUACGAUCUCUCUCUUCAUCGUUCUCUUUCUAUCAUUUUCUCGCACUUUCCCACCGUCCGGUCAAUCCGGUCCGGAGGAGAUGUCGUUUUUUGUCGGAGUCGUGAUCGGGCUGGCCGUCGGUGUAUCUAUCAUCGUCGGCUUUGUCUGGUGCGAGAAUGCUCGAUCCAAGAUUCGUUCAGACCUCGCGACUACUGUUGCUGCUUUUGCGAGGAUGACAGUGGACGAUUCAAGGAAGCUGUUGCCGCCUGAGUUUUAUCCCUCUUGGGUUGUCUUCUCGCAGCGCCAGAAGUUGACUUGGCUUAAUCAGCAUCUCACAAAGAUCUGGCCCUAUGUCAAUGAGGCAGCAUCUGAGCUUAUAAAGUCCUCGGUUGAGCCCAUUCUUGAACAAUAUAGACCCAUUGUACUAUCAUCUCUUAAAUUCUCCAAAUUUACUCUCGGUACUGUUGCUCCGCAAUUUACAGGUGUUUCUAUUAUCGAAGAUGGAGGAAGUGGAAUUACCAUGGAACUGGAAAUGCAGUGGGAUGGGAAUCCAAGUAUAAUACUUGAUAUCAAAACCAGACUUGGUGUAGCAUUGCCUGUACAGGUGAAAGAUAUCGGAUUCGCUGGGGUUUUCAGGUUGAUCUUCAAACCACUAGUUGAUCAGUUUCCAUGCUUUGGAGCUGUCUGUUAUUCCUUGAGGGAGAGAAAGAAGAUGGAUUUCACACUAAAAGUUGUUGGUGGCGACAUAUCAUCAGUUCCCGGACUUUCUAGUGCUAUUGAGGAGACAAUACGGAAUGCUGUUGAAGACUCCAUCACAUGGCCUGUUAGGAAAGUUAUUCCCAUUUUGCCUGGUGAUUAUAGUGAUCUGGAGCUAAAGCCUGUCGGAACAUUAGAGGUGAAACUUGUGCAGGCGAAGGACUUGACAAAUAAGGACAUUAUCGGAAAGUCAGAUCCCUAUGCUAAAUUAUUUGUGCGCCCAUUACGUGAAAGAACAAAAACUAGCAAAACAAUUAACAAUGAUCUGAAUCCCAUUUGGAAUGAGCACUUUGAAUUUGUUAUUGAAGAUGCAUCUACUCAGCAUUUGGUUGUAAAGAUUUACGAUGACGAGGGCCUUCAGGCAUCUGAGCUCAUUGGCUGUGCUCAAGUGCGGAUAAAUGAACUUGAGCCUGGUAAAGUGAAGGAUGUGUGGUUAAAUCUGGUUAAGGAUUUGGAGGUUCAGAGAGAUAAUAAAUAUCGGGGGCAGGUGAGAACCUCUACAAUGAUUAUUUUAUACUGUCCUUUCGGGAUGGAGAAUGGCUUCGUUAAUCUUGCCCCUAACUUCUCGAUGAUCUUGGAGAAAGUUCUUAAAAGUGGUGUUAAUGGAACAGUAGAGGCAAUUGAAAGUGAAAGAGCAAUCACACAGAAAAAAAGGGAGGUUAUUGUUAGAGGAGUAUUGUCUGUUACCAUUAUAUCUGCUGAAGACUUGCCCGUGGUAGAUUUGAUGGGAAAGGCUGAUCCUUAUGUCGUACUGACAAUGAAGAAAUCAGAAACGAGAAACAAAACAAGGGUUGUGAACGACAGCUUGAAUCCUGUUUGGAAUCAAACCUUUGACUUUGUCGUUGAGGACGGAUUGCAUGACAUGCUAAUUCUCGAAGUUUGGGACCAUGAUACAUUUGGGAAGGACUAUAUGGGAAGAUGCAUAUUGACGUUGACUCGGGUCAUAUUGGAAGGUGAAUUCAGAGAUUAUUUCCAGCUUGAUGGAAGUAAAUCAGGAAGAUUGCAUUUACACCUUAAGUGGAUGCCGCAGCCAAUUUAUCGAGAAUCGUGAGUGAACUCUAAGUUAUUUCAUAUAGCAGAGACAGUGAAUCAUAGCUCUCAAGAUGUAUACCUGACACCGACACGAUAAAUAAACCUUGCAUGUGUUUUUGAGAGAGCUAUUGCUUACACUGUACAUAGAAUUUGAGUAGCAUUAGGUUGAAUGUAAAGUCAUAUAUGUUUUAGGGAAAAUACAAUUUAGAUAUUCGCGGAACGGAAGAAGUAUUUUGAGAUUGCUCGGUGACACUCUUCAACAUUGUAACUUUUUAGAAAGAUUUCACUGGUCGGAAGGUUAAUAAUGCAGAAAUGAUCUCUGUA